GCCUAGAAUGAAGACACAAAAGUAAAAAAAAAAUUGGAUCUUUUUUUCUUGAUAGCCAAUUAUUAGCUGCUCUUCCCAGGCAGUAUCGACCUUCUUCUUCGCGUUCUUAGCGGAAGGAAAGUAAAAAAAAAUUGGAUCUUCACGCUAGGAAACUAAUUUGAUUCAGCCCUGAUUCCUCGCUGCUUUGAUUUUCACGGAAGGAAAGAAAUUCAGGAUUUUGAAAUCUACACCAUUGCGUUAGAUAUUCACGGAAGGAAAACAAAUCUGCAAGGAAAGUCCUGAUGAUUCUUCUUCGAUUGUUUGCGGAAUCUUUUUGUGGAUUCUGAAAUCGCCGAUGCGAUUACAGUGUUGAAGGAGGAGUCGAAGAGGUGUAGGGAGUCAUUGGGUGAACCAGUCUUGGAAGAAUUUCUUCCAGUGAAGAAGACUCCAGUUGAUGAUGAUGAUGAUAAUGAUGAUGAUGAUGACAUAAACAAGGUUUAGAAUGUCAAGGAGAAAGACUGUAAAAAAGGUAAAAUAGGUGUUGCUUGGGUUCAUUUUCGUUACUAAAUUUUCCCACAUUUUUUAUUGGUAUUUCAUUGAUUAAUACAUUUAUGAUUAUGGUAUGAUGAACCUAUAAAAAUGCUAUUAUGCUCUGUUUAUCUAUCAAAAUUUGGGUGGUUGGGGGUCAUCCAUUAUGCUGCUUAACUUUUUUCUAGCAGCUGAAGAUUUUAAUUACUGCUCACUGUGUAAUCUUCUCUUUGUUGAAUUCACAUGUAUAAAGCAUACACUUUUAGCCUCAUAAAUAAAAGGACCCCUAACCAUUAUGCUUUUUAAUUUGAAAAUUUUAAUAUCUUAGGCCACUCGGGUGAGAUUAAAUUGGGUUGUUGUUGGUGUUGUUUUUGUUGUUGUAUUAUCUUAUGCAAUUUUCCUGAGCUAAACUGAAGAGGUAAAUCCGCUCUAAACACAUAUCUACUUUGGUAUGUUGGAACACUGAAUGCCUACAUAUUAGUUAUUCCAUUGCUUCGUUUUUAAACACUAAUGCUUUGGUAACCUACUGUUGCAAUACAGGAAUUGAUGGCUCAACCGAGCUAUGAGAUGUUGUGAAUUGAUGUGUGCUGCUGAAAAAGAAGAUGAAAAACUUGCAUGUAUUUUUCAUUUUUUUCAUAUCAAUUUCAUAUUGAUACUCUCAGAUUUUCACAAAUCAAAGAUGUUUCACAAAAGGAAGAUGUGAGUUUAUUUGUUUUAAUUCAUUUAAUCCACCUCAUAUUAGCUAGAUAUUAAACUUUCACUUAAUUUUGCAUUUUAAAUGUCCAGUUGUACUUCAUGCUUUAGUUUUGGAGUCUUAAAAUAUGACGUGUUCUUAAUUUUGCAAUAUUAUAGAUUUGUAAUUUUUGGGAGAUAUUGAAUACAUAUUUUAUAAUAGAGUUCCCCUGCCACGAGUGUUAUUGGAGACAUCUAAUGAAAUGUUCUGCUGCAUAUAUAUCGCUAGAUAGUUUUGCUAAGAAGGCAAGGGGUUGAGCGGUUAUGCCACCGAAAGUUUAAGAGCAUGGCUUUUACAAUGGGUAUUAUUAAGGUGCGAUGAGUCAAGUUUGCAGUCAUGGACAAGUUGAAAACAUUAGUGCGCAUAGUGUGUCCCGCCUCUUAGUGGAGCUGGAAAAAUUCAGGUAAGUGUUUUUUAAUAAAAAAGGGUGGUGUUUUAUAAUUGGCAUAUAUGUGUGCUAUAAUGGAAGAAAGUUACCAGAUAAUGGUUUGAUAAUUGGACAAUGAAAAUUCAAAUAUAUAUCCAUAAUUUAAUUUUUUUAGUAUUUUAUCUAAUGCUUAUUCUCAAUUUUCUAAGACGCAUGAUAUGUAUGGGUACAAAAAUACUCCCUCCAUCCCUAUUUAAUCUUCAUGUUUCGAAUAAUGUUUUAUAAUUAGAGUUGUUUUCAAUUCAACUUAUUUCAAUAGUGGUGUAAAAUUCACUCUCUCUGCGCCAUGUGUUGUAAUGUCAAUUUUGGUUUAUGUUCUAGCAAUUAAGUUUAAUGAAUGUCUUUAGAUUCUUUGGCUGUAGAAAAUAUAAUCUGGGUGUUGUCUUCAAUUUGGUCCGAAAAAGAAGAUAGAACUCUUAUGAGACUUUUGCUCCCUUUAGUUGUAGGGCAUUAAUCUUUAGCUUGGUUUUUACAAAAAAUGGUAUAAGCUUGGUGCUGAUUUUGCGAAGGUGAAAAAAGGGGAACCCACUUUAUAUGUUUGUGAUUUAAGAAUAUGUGUGGUAUCAUUCUUUCACGCUUCAAGGAAAUUAACAUAAUCUCUAAAUUUAAGGGCUAUUGUUUCAAGGUUUGAGAAGAGUUUCUAAGUUUGAAGGGUUAUCAGGUGUAACAAUACUAACGACUUGGAACUCAAGUGUAACCCAUCUUAUUGCAUCUACAGAUGACAAAGGGGCAUGUUGAGGAGUACUCAACUUUUUUAUGGGUGUCUUAGUGAGUAAAUUAAUCCUCUAUAUGCUUAGUAUUUUUGAAAAUAUAAAAAGCUCAAUUUUCUUUCCUCUCGAUUACAUUUAGUUCUAAUAUUUUAUUUCUGUUCGUAUAGGGAUUAAAGCUUGCUUGAAUGCUGUAGGGUUUCUUGAUGAGCACCAAUAUGACAUUGUAGUUGAUAUUUCACUUGCAUUUAACUUAUUACUUUUAAAAAUAAAAUCAACAUGCCCUAUUGAAACACUCUUCCUAUGAAGUUUUUUUCAACCAUUUUGCCUUUGCCUAACUUUUUUUUCCAAAAAUCGUUGCUCCUUGGGGAGUUUGUAUUUGAGUGGUAGUUACUUUUUUAGAAUUAAAAAGAUGUUUAUAUGGGGUAUGUCUUUCAUGGGGUGUAAGGAUAACGAAGGUAUCCAACUAGGAAAAUCAAAACCCGAAAACAUUUAUUUGGAAAUACAUUUUGUUUUAUUACAGUGCAUUGUGGAAGUCCAGGAGCAUCAUUGGGAAGAGAUGCUACCGUACUUGAGUGUGGGAUGAUCUACCCUCUCUGCUCUAAUGCUCAUUCCCAUCAUUUUCAAUGCAAGACGAAGAUGACGACUACAAUGUGUGCAAUUACUUGGCCUAUACUCAAGGAAAGCACCACCAGACCAAUUAGGUCAAGUGAGCAGCCGGCAAGGCCAAGGAGGAGCCUGUUUUGCCGCUCUCUCAUACGCACAAAAUCUCUCGAAAAAGACAGAUUUUUUGACAUGUGCCUCUCACUUAGAUUAUUCAUUCACCUAAGCCUUUCAAAGGAAAGUAUAAAACUUCUUCCCCACCCGGAUUUCUUCUACACGAGCGAGAGGGAUUGAUUCUUCGCCAAAAUUAAGAGAACGUAUGAGCUUUCCUUUCUCAUUUGGAAUCUAAUCGCAACAAUUGCUCGCAAUGAGAAGUUUGAUUUGAUGCAUUUCGAUCAUUCUUUCCAAAAAUUGAGGGGAAUCAAGCAACUGAAACUAAAGACAACCUAAUGAAAUUCCUAGCUUGAAAUCUGCCAAGAACCUUGCAAUCAUAAUAGAGGACAUACCCAGGUAUCCUCACUCUUUGUCAUUCCUAUCAUAUAUACAUUGCUUUUGUCUCAUUUGCCUUUGCUAUCAAAUAGCAAAGUUUGAAUUAUAACAGAUAUUCUAUUGUAAUAGAGUUAGUUGUUGAUGGUGUUAGAAAAACAAUACUGUUUGAUCGGUAAAAUUGACAGGGUGUAGGAGGACUAGCUGAAUAUACCCGAGGAUAACUCAACACAGGCAAGACCUCGGGAAGUCUCAGCAUCUGAAGCCGCAGGCCUACCUAUUGCGGGCGCAACCGCCUAUCAGGCUCUAAAAGACAUUGUCGGGAUGUAUUUUGACGGGGAAGCGGGUAAACAUUCUGAUCACGGCUGCCUCGGGUGGGGUGCAUUACGCUGUACAGUUAGCCAAACUAGGGAAUGCACAUGUGACUGCUACGUGCGGUGAGCGUAACAUGACAAUCAUGAACCUGUAGCAACAAAGCCAAGAUAAGCUGUGGCCAUCACCAUUGAUACCAGCUGUAUCUUUAUGACCCGAGCAGGAAUGAAGGAACCCAGCGAUUAUGCACACUGAGGCAGUCGGCUCCCACAAUAACAUACUGUAGUGGACAAAGCUCAAUAUGUUGCUGUAGCCACUAUUACUCAUUGAAAAGUAGGGACUAUCUGAUUUGGCAUAUCAAGGAUGUGUUAGGGAUGAGUAAACAGAGGGGGGGAGUACUGUAUAGAGAAAGGCUUCUUUUGUUACUCAAACAUUAUUUGCUUAUUAUAUCUCAAUUAUGGGGAUUACAUGUUACUAAAAUUGAAAUUCAAGA